UCCCUUCUCCCCCGAGGCUGCUGUGUCUGAUGCCGGGUAAUCUGCCCCUAGCUCUGCGUGUGAUCGUGCCUGAUCUCCCUGCGCCCUCUCCGGACUGCAGCCGCCCAGCCUGGCCGUGAACCCCCGUGCAGGGCCCCCAUACCGCCGCUCCCCGGCCUGCUGAAGCCGUUCUCCUGUCUGCCCCGGCUGGCCUCAGCGGAGGGAUGGCUGAGUGCGGCCGCUUCUGGGCAGCUGCCGAGCGGGGUAGGAGGGUGUUGGCUGCCGCUCUCUGCUCCCUGCUGCUCCUCCCGCACUGCGGCUUUUCCCGGAGCCUGAAACCCGGCGACAAGUACGAUGAUUAUGAGUACCCUCUCCAUCCUCACAACACCAACUACCAGAAGAAUGACAGGUGCCCUCCGCCACCCCAGACGUUGCCAGAGAGAGCCUGCGAGGUGCCCAGCUGCCGCUCUGACUCAGAGUGUGAACGGCACAAGCGCUGCUGUUAUAAUGGCUGUAUUUACGCAUGUUUGGAGUCAGUCCAGCCUCCACCAGUGCUUGAUUGGUUGGUGCAGCCAAAGCCUCGCUGGCUUGGUGGGAACGGAUGGCUGCUCGAUGGACCAGAAGAAGCCUUGCAAGCCGAAGCAUGCAGCACCACUGAAGAUGGCGAUGAGCCCUUGCAUUGUCCUACAGGGUAUGAAUGUCAUAUAAUCAACCCCGGCAGCCCCGCGGAGGGAAUCCCAAACCGGGGGCAGUGCAUCAAGCAGAGAUCUAACACAGAUGGAAGAAAUCUGAGACACAAAUAUUACAAGGAUUUACCAGGUAAUAACCACAAUAACGUUCUGGUCGGAUUUGACAAACAGCAACAGAAGCACAUAGGGUAAAGUCACAAACGGACCGUUAUCCCAGGAAACCGGGGAAGAAGCUGCCAUCCAACUCUGUGUUAUGGAGGCAUGGCUUCAGCUUCAGUUCUCCAAGAGAGACAUUUCUCGCGGUGCUAUCGCUGGAUUAGGAAAUGCCUGAAGAGCUAUCGCCGGCAAUGGAACCCGGUGCUUUGAAAACAAAGACUCCGAUUCAUCCAACGUACAAAAUAAUAAAGAGGAUUAAACGAUCUUUCCUGGAAUAUUGCGGACAAGGAAAAAAAAGGUUUCGUUGCCCGAAGCUUCUUUCACUCGAUCGAACCGAUUGGAUGAAGGCCGGCCAAUCCCAAGGCUAUUUUAAAAGCCAAUAUCCACAUUCUGGUGGCCAUAUCAAAAAUAUUGUUAAAAAAUAAAAAUGAUGUUAAUGUGAUUUCUAUUGUUAAUUAAAAUAGGUGCUUCCCUC